AUGGCCGCCCCUCCCUGUGGCGAAAGUCUCCCCUUCAUCAUUGAGGACAGACUCCAGUAUAGCCUGGAACUACUUCGCCGGACACCAAAGUCUCUCGUCGAACGGCUCGAGACUCCCUGGUACCACCCUUCCCUAUACGACGACCACAUGUUGAAGACGAUACAAGACUCUAUCGCGUGCUGUGCCAUGUACAACGCGAGGAAUGAGCGCAAUAAGCCCUCCAUCAUCAGGAUUCUCAUGGCCCGCACUAAGGAGCUAGCCGACACACCUAUUCCGCCGUCCCCGUCAGAGGCCCUAGCUCGCUGCCAGGCCCUACUAAUGUACCACUUGAUCGGGCUGCUAGACGAAGAUAUCCAACUUCGCGCAAACACCCAGAUGACACUCCCCGUGUUGAGAGACGCUGCCAGGUCAUUAAUUGAGCUUGUUGCAGUACACGAGACGCAAUAUAAUCUGUCCAACAUGCGGCAAUUACCCCUCUUCCCCAUCGCCGAGACGGAGGCCUUUUGGCGUGCCUGGUUGUUUGCCGAAUCCGCGCGUCGCACCGCCCUCCUCUCCUUCAACUUCAUUGUCCUUUAUGAGAUCAUGACGCGCAAGGGCGUCCCAGAGUGCGGUGAUUCAAUGCGCUGUGAACGCUUCUCCCUCCAAAAGCAUCUCUGGAGCGCUCGCAACGCCGUAGACUUCGCCGUGGCCUGGAAGACCAAAAAGCACCUCAUCAUGAAAUGCGAGACCUUCGAGGAAAUUAUCCGAGAGGCCGAGCCAAGCGAUCUUGAUGAAUUUGGUAGGAUGCUCCUGAUCUGUUUCAUGGGAAAGGAGGAGACCAGAGGAUGGUUCGCCUCAAGGGGUGGUGCGCUGUAA